UCGACCGCCAUUUUGUACAAGCGCACCGAAUUUUGUGCGCACUGAGCCCCACGCUUGCCGCGAAAAUUUUCGAUUUUUUCAGAAAUUACAACUUUCGACGAGCAACAAGUUGAUAUUUGUGAGACAUCAACAUGAAGAAGCGAAUGCAGCUCAUUCCGAAGAAGGCAAGCCACGACCGGGCGUCUCAGGAAUCCAAGGUUACGAGCACCCCCAGAACUAUGUCUCCGGUGGUGUCUUUGUCGCCCAGCGUUUCCACCAUUGCUAACGAAGAAGAGCCAAUGGAAGUGGAUAGCAAUAUUAGUACUGAAAGUGGAAUGUCUGUGCAUAGUGACACCCCUUCGGUUGAUGCGGUGAAUACUAGUCAUAGAAAGGCAACGAAAGUUAGAGAAGUUAAGUGGGAGGGGUUUUGGACUUCGCUCCAACCCAAGAAUCCGGAAAGUCUUUACUAUAAACUAAUGAAGCAGCCAGGCGAAGUCGAAAGUAUCGCGAUCGACUUUAUGAAUACGUACAGCAACGAUAAAAAGACGGGGAUUAUUUUGAUUCUUCAGCUGUGUGUGGACUUGUGUGGCUACAAAAAAUUAUCGGUCGGGAAAGUUUACAGUUUUAGUGAGCAAAACUCAAAAGAGUUUGUGCAGAAAAUGAAAUCCGAACUAAUGGAAGAAGAUCUAAAAAAAACAGGCAAAUUCGUGUUUAUGAAGAUCUCCCGCUUCGGGAGCGUCAUAGAUCGGAUUAUUUCCGAGUUUCUGGGUCACGUGGUACUACUAAGUCUCCAAAGUGAGGCUUUAUUUGAUGGAAUUUUCACCCGUCACGUACUCGAAUUCAUCAAUUGCAUGUCAUUUAGUUUGCUUAGUUGUAUACGUGUUACUGGAGUCGUUCUAGUACUCAAGUUUUUGACUGCGUUUGUUGAUUUAUACGCAAAAUAUUUCAACGACGUACGUGAUAAAAAUGGUAACUCGGUAGAAACCCCAGAAGACAACAAAAAGUUCGCAGUUGAGACUUUCAUCGACUUUCUUUACAUAAUCUACGACCAAAAUGUACUAAUACCUGAUAAUAAAUGCUACACAUUGAAAGUGAAAUGUGCACAGGAGAUGUGCCACUGGAUAGAAAUGUUCCCGGAUAUUUUUAUCCUCAAACGUAGGUGUUUAGGACGUUUAGCGCAACUAGUGCUUGAUCAUAAUGAGAUCGUACGACGUAGCGCUCUUGAUACUUGUGAGGCGUUAAUUACAAACGAAGAAAUUCAAAAUGAGAUGGAACAGAGAAUAGAAAUGUGUUUGAAAGUCGUGUCAACGCGAAUUAUCGACACGAGCUCCAACGUGGCGGUUAAAGCCGUAACAAUUUUCACUAAAGCCGUAGACAAAUACCGUGAAUAUUUAACAGAGACUUACAUACAGUGUAUCGUUGGCAGAAUGUUCGAGAAAAAUAUAACACUAGCUAAAGCCGCCGGAAAAUUUUUGGCUGUUUACCUUCGACACCAAAACGAAGACCCUCAGCAGCUUCUAUUGCACUUAGUCGAAGUCGCCUAUUCAAAAAAAGAGUACGCCGAACGUGUUCCCUUUUUUCUUGAAUCGUGCGUACAAUGUAUACCAGAAUUAGAGGACUGGAAGCUAUUUGUAACCACCCUUUUAAACGAAGAGGUUACUUUUCAAACCAGAGUUCGUCUGCUGCACAUUUUGAACGAAAAUGUCCGAUUUUCGCUCACUGGAAAAUUUUCGAAAGUGCGACAGGCGACGUUCGAAGUUACGGAGUUGCGGUCCGACGAUCGACUGGAAAUCGUGAACGUCGUGAUUCCGGUGUUUGAAAAUUUGAUGUGUCAGUUUCAGACGGAUAAGACGUGCCUGAAACUGCUCGUCGAAAUUUUGUCGUUUAUUAAAUACGACUCGGAGGAUCGGGAAAAUAUUCAGGCCUAUUACCCGGCCAUUUUUGGCCUACUAAGAGAACUCUUCAGCGUUAGUACCGACAAAGAUCUGCUGGAAGUUAUCACAACCACGUUUUGGUAUUUUUGCGAAAAACACUACUAUCUAGCGAAAGCUCUCAUAGACGAUAUUAAAAAUAAACAUGUUGUUGCAUUACAUGCAGAUCUGGAACAACUGAGUCCUAGCCUCGACCGGAAUUUAUUAACGCGUUUAAGGGGAACCUCGAUGAAACUUUCCCUCCUUUUUGUAAAAUUUGACUUAACUAGUGCCUUACAGUGGGACGAUAUUUUCCAAGUGUGGGACAAGAACUCUUUGAAGGCCCUCAAGUACUUAGUAACUUGUUGCAAAUGGUAUUUAGUGUGGAGUUUGCGCAAAUUUAUAAAGUCAUCGAUGGGUGAAAACGGCGUCCAGAUCAACCGUUCGCUUUACAAUAACUGCAAAAACUUUAUCUAUGGUUGUUUAGAAAUAUUACGAUAUACCAAGGACUCUGAAUCUUUCUUGACGUUUGAAGAGUUGUGCGACUUGUAUGCCAGUUUUGAAAAAGAACUCCAGCGCAAGCGCCGAUACUCGAUUUUUUUCGUUAAAAUUGACGAAAUUAAUCACCAGGAAGCUCUAGUGAAUUUCGUCGCUGUGUCCGUUAUUGAAAAUACUGAACUGGGUUUGGCCGAACGACAAAAGUAUUUGGCUAAACUCGUAGAUAUAAUUUACUUGGAUGUGAUUCCUGUGGAAUAUUUUGCCAAGAUAUUGCGCUACUAUCACACGCACUACACCGAGUUCGGGGUAAUAAUGCAGCAGGUUAUAACCCAGCUCGCGCUGUCCCAUCCAGCUCUCCCGUUGGUGAUAUUCCACACCUUGGCCCAAAUAUACAACGAAAUCCUCGCCAAAAACAAAAUCGUGAAUAUUCGUAGCGUCGAAUCCAAACAGUUGCAGCUACUGGCAAGAAAAUUUUCGUCGCUUAAAGAAAUCAAAUCUCGCUAUGUGUUGCCGAAAAUGGUGAACAUGUCCAUCACUUUUUCCUUUAAAGAGAAACAAAAUUACCAGUUCUUUUAUUUUGCGAGACAUUUUGCUAAGCUUUUGGACGAAGUUGGUAGACGUGACGCGUACAACAUUUUCGCGAAAAUGGUGCCCAAGGAGGAUAGGAAUGACGACGUUCUUUUAAUAUUUGCCGCCACUUUGAAACAAAAGAAAUAGUGUGUAGGAUUAAUUUUUAUUUGUUUUGGUAUAUAUUGGUUUUUCUAUGUUUAUUUGUUGCAUUUUUGGAUGUUUAUAUAAAUAUAAACGAUAAACAUCACUUUUUAUUUUUAUCAAAACUUAACUAACAA